UUAAAGGGACAUAACCAAAAUGGCCGAGCGGGAAAAAGUGUUUUGCCAGACAAUAUAUGACCCAGCAUGUACUGCAGGGUUACAGUCAACAUGGGGAUUUGGGAACCAGUUAUUUGUAUUUCCAGGAAGAAAACCCACCUUGUAUCCAGAAAAUCAGUUGCACUGUAGAAGAUUACAAGAGAUAAGGGAAGUAAGAUGGGACAUUGAUUUAUAUCAUCCAGUCAUGAGGAAGCUUGUCAAUGAAUCUCACAAUAUUUUUGUCAUGUUACAGAAACAUGCAGCAGAAAAAGCUGUUGGAGGAAGUAUACAUCCUUUAAUACUGAAAUCAAGUAGACAAUACAUUGCGGUGUUAAUAGCUUACAGUGAUGAAUUAAAGAAGCUAGCUGAUGCCACAAUAGAUGAAGACAAGAAGGAGAAUUAUUUAGAUUUAUUACGAUUGUUAAAGAUGUCAGAACUUAUCUGGAGUUUAUGUGAAAUAUUGUUCCUUGACAGCCCUGCUGGAGGACUAGUGAUAACACAGUUAUUAGAUUGGAUAAGAAUUCAUUUUACUGAUGAGGAGACAAUUUUGCAGAUUUUACAAGAAGAUAGACCAGAUUGUCAUCAAUUCUAUUGGGAUACAGUAUAUAGACUAGUAUUACAGGGUCAGAUUGAUCAUGCUAGACGACUACUUUCAAAACACACAGCAGCAUAUUCUGACAAUUUCCAGAGCAUAGAUGAUCUUUUGAAAAGAAUGCCUAUAUUUUCUCAAAUGUCAAGAGGACAUUCAGUGGCAGAAUUUGACAUGAAAUGGAGACACUGGCAAGAUGAUGCACAAAGAAGACUAGAGGAACAAGAAUUUGCUGGAAAUAAACAAUUACGAACUAUCUGCAGGAUUUUGGCUGGUGAAGAAGCAGUUUUUACAGAAUUACAGGAUAUCUGUGGGACCUGGUACCAUAUGCUAGUGUCCAAAAUGUUAUAUCAACACCCUACAGUUAAAGCCAUAGAUCUUCAGUAUUAUGUUCAGAGUUGUUUAGAUGUAUACAGAAAUAGCCAGCAGAGAUUAGGAGAAUUAGAUAAUAUAUUAUUGGUAGCUUUAGAGUUUGAUAUACACCAGGUUAUAAAGGAAAGCAGUUCUAUGUUCAGUAAUUGGUGGUUUGUGGCCCAUCUUACAGACUUGUUACAACAUUGUGGCCAGUUAGAAGCUCAUAAACUACAAUAUGGUUCAAAUUUAAGAGAAUUUUUAUUAUUAGAUUAUGCAAGUAGUCUUAUGUCUAAUAAAAGUUUAUGGGUUGUUGGUGUUAGUUAUUUAGACCACUGUCCUGAAUUUGGAAGACAUUACUUGGAAAAUUUUAUAGAAAAUAUGCCAAUAGAAACAGAAAGAAAAGCACAGAAACUAUUAAAUAUUUGUAAGGAAAGAAAUAUGACAGAACAAGCAAGAAGUAUAUGUAAAGUUGUUGGAAUGAGACACCUCAAUAAUAAAAGAUUGGGAGCAGCAUUAACAUGGUUCUUAAGGUCAAAGGAUGUUGCCUUUGCUACAGUUAUUGCAGAAAAAUUUUUGUUGGAAUACAGUGAAAGUGGUUCAUUUACUAACUUAGAUCUGAUUGAUAAUUUAGGACCAUCAAUGUUGCUGAGCAACAGACUAACAUUUUUAGGUAAAUACAGAGAAUUCCACAAGUUAUAUGAAGAUGGGGAUUUUUUUGCUGCUGGAUCAUUAUUACUUUCACUUCUAGAUUCCAGACUAGCUCCAAAAGAAUUUUGGUUAACUCUGUUAAAAGAUGCAAUUCCUUUGCUUGAGGCAAGAGAAAUGAUAUUUAGUAGUUCUGAUACCUAUCAGUUGAUGCACUGUUUAGAAGAACUAACAAAGGAGUUUGAUGUGAUGAAACAGAAAGAUGGAAAAAGAAGGGCAUUUUCCGAACAUGAGAAGGAAAAGCUUGAUUUAUUGAAAUUAGGACUCACAAGAAACUUAUCUAGAGCUAUUGUUACAGAGGGUAGCAUUAAAUUGAGCUGAGAUAACAUAAGUUCCCAGGAAUAGAUUUAAACUUAAAAACAAUAAAGUGGAGAAAUUUUUUGUUACGGAAGGAGAAUGAGAAAUAACGUGGAUCAAAUUCAGAAUCAGUUUAAAGUAUUCAUUAGUGCUAUGUCUUAUCAAAAAGACACAAGAGGUUUGAAUGUGGAUGAACAAGAGAACUAAUAAUGUGAUGUGAAAGAUUACAAUGUAUAUUGAAAUAAAACUUGUAAAA